UUAGUUCGUAUAUCUGACCACUUCAGGAUCAUUUAAAAGGAAGAACGUUAAACAUUAGCAACACUGGAUAAUACGAAAUCCUUUUGAGUCGAAGCACUCUUGACUGUCUUUCAGAAAGAAGAACUGAAAGGAAGCUCCUUCUGCUGAACUAACCAUGGUUGGUACAGGUGGUCCAGUGGCCACAUUUUCUGUGUGGGAUUAUGUGGUGUUCGCUGGAAUCAUUGUGGGUGCAGCUGGCAUUGGCCUUUUCCAGGCCACCAGAGGCCGAAAGGAGACCAGCAGCGCCGAGUUCUUGCUCGGUGGACGGCAAAUGACAGCUGUGCCAGUUGCUAUGUCGCUAACGGCCAGCUUCAUGUCUGGCAUCACAGUCAUUGGCACACCGGCGGAGGCCUACAGAUUUGGAGCUGCCUUCUGGCUCUUCGGCAUCUCCUAUGCCAUCAUGUCUGCCGUCAGUGCUGAAAUCUUUGUCCCACUUUUCUACAGACUGGGGAUCACCAGUGCCUAUGAGUACCUGGAGAUGCGCUUCAGCCGGCCCAUUCGGGUAAUUGGAACGUCGAUGUACAUUGUACAGACGGCCCUGUACACUGGUUUGGUCAUCUACGCUCCAGCUCUUGCUCUAAAUCAAAUCACAGGACUUAACCUGUGGGGAGUGCUGGUGGCUACAGGAGCAGUGUGCAUCAUCUACUGCACUUUGGGCGGACUGAAAGCAGUAAUCUGGACAGACGUACUGCAGAUGGUGGUCAUGCUGGCAGGUUUUGUGGCUGUUAUAGCUCGAGGAGCUGUACUGCAGGGAGGCCUGGCGAAGAUUUGGGAAGAUGCAGAACAAGGAGGCCGACUAGAGGUGUUUGAUUUUGACCCAGAUCCUCUGAAGCGACAUACCUUCUGGACUAUCACAGUCGGUGGCAGCGUGAUGUGGGCAUCUAUCUAUUCAAUCAACCAGUCCCAGGUGCAGCGCUACAUCUCCUGCAAAACUCUGGGACAUGCCAAGAUGGCUCUGUAUGUGAACAUGGUAGGCCUGUGGAUAACUGUGAGUCUGGCUGUGUUUUCUGGUCUCACCAUGUUCUCAAUCUACAAGAAUUGUGACCCACUUACAAAUGGUGAUGUGGGCACCCCUGACCAGCUGCUGCCCUACCUUGUCAUGGAUAUUUUGGCAGUUUACCCUGGAAUCCCAGGCUUAUUUGUGGCUGCUGCAUACAGUGGUACCCUUAGCACAGUGUCCUCCAGCAUUAAUGCUCUCGUCGCUGUCACAGUGGAAGACUUUAUUCUUCCACUGGGCAAAAACCUCACAGAGAAACAGAUGACCUGGAUGAACAUGGGCCUGAGUGUAUUCUUUGGUGCACUUUGUAUUGGGAUGGCUGGAGUUGCUUCACUGAUGGGAAGCAUUUUGCAGGCAGCUCUGUCCAUAUUUGGGAUGAUCAGCGGGCCUCUUCUUGGUCUUUACCUAUUAGGCAUGCUAUUCCGCACAUCAAAUUCAACAGGGGGACUUGUUGGAUUGAUCAUUGGUCUGGUAUUGACUUUGUGGGUGGGAAUUGGAGGCCAGAUUUAUCCACCGCCAGCUGAAAAGACAAAUCCUCUCCAUCUCAGCACUGUAGACUGCAACAGCACAAUGGGCCAAACCUACACAACACCAGCCUCGUGGACAAGUCCAGUGACUCUGACCCCACAGCCUGAUGUCAGGCCCCCCCUGGCAGACUCCUGGUACUCUCUGUCAUACGUCUACUUAGCUCUCUUUGGUUCACUGACCACGAUCGUGUCUGGACUGCUCGUGAGCGUGAUCACAGGUGGAUGCAAGCAAGAAAAAACCAACCCUGAUCUGUUUGUGAGAUCGAGUGAUCUGAUCUGCUUCAGCUGGUGUCAUAAAUCCAAGGCAUCAGAUGUCACAGAGAAGGCUGACUUUCACAUGGAAGCUGACAACCCAACAUUCAAAGACUCUGACAUCAUGAGUAAUGAUGUUGAAAAAGCAACCAAACUAUAAAGUGACUAUAUCAGUUAUUUUUUUUUAUAAACACAUAAAUGCCACACUUGUUUGCUGCUACAUCACUGUAAUGUAUUUUGUUUGCAAAAACACGUAAUUGUAAAUCUAUGUAUGUACCUACUUAAGUUGAUAAAAAGUAGGAAUUUUAUAUAUCACGCUAAAAUUGAGAUGCAAAAUAGGUUUGAUUCCACCUUAAGAAACACCAUGACAACCAGUGACAAAUCUGGGCAAAAGCAAAACUGCACUUUAAAAGGAUGUAAUUAAAAUUCCA